GGCUCCCGCGGGCGCCGCUCCGGCCAUCGUCCCCACCUCCACCUGGGCGGGCCCAGCAGGCAGGCGACAGAGGAGGCCCAGGAACCAUGGGUGACUGGGGCUUCCUGGAGAAACUGCUGGACCAGGUCCAGGAGCACUCCACCGUGGUGGGCAAGAUCUGGCUGACAGUGCUCUUCAUCUUCCGAAUCCUCAUCCUGGGUCUGGCAGGCGAGUCGGUGUGGGGUGAUGAGCAGUCCGAUUUUGAAUGUAACACAGCCCAGCCAGGCUGCACCAACGUCUGCUAUGACCAGGCCUUCCCCAUCUCCCACAUCCGAUACUGGGUGCUGCAGUUCCUCUUCGUCAGCACACCCACUCUGGUCUACCUAGGCCAUGUCAUCUACCUGUCUCGGCGAGAAGAGCGGCUGCGGCAGAAAGAAGGGGAGCUGCGAGCCCUGCCAGCCAAGGACCCACAUGUGGAGAGGGCACUGGCAGCCAUAGAACGUCAGAUGGCCAAGAUCUCGGUGGCGGAGGAUGGUCACCUACGGAUCCGAGGGGCGCUGAUGGGUACCUAUGUGGCCAGCGUGCUGUGCAAGAGCAUACUAGAGGCAGGCUUCCUCUAUGGGCAGUGGCGCCUCUAUGGCUGGACCAUGGAGCCUGUGUUUGUGUGCCAGCGUGCGCCCUGCCCCUACCUCGUGGACUGCUUUGUCUCUCGCCCCACAGAGAAGACCAUCUUUAUCAUCUUCAUGCUGGUGGUUGGACUUAUCUCCCUAGUGCUCAACUUGCUGGAGUUGUUACACCUGCUAUGCCGCAGCCUCAGCCGGGGGAUAAGGGCACAGCAUGGCCAGGACACCUCCACAGCCCAGGGCCCCUCCUCGGACCCCUAUUCUGACCAGGUCUUCUUCUACCUCCCCAUGGGCGAGGGGCCCUCAUCUCCUCCAUGCCCCACCUACAAUGGGCUCUCUUCCAGUGAGCAAAACUGGGCUAACUUGACUACAGAGGAGAGGCUGACAUCUUCCAGGCCCCCCCUCUUCCUAGACCCACCCCAUCAGAGUGGCCAGAAAUCCCCCAGUCGCCCGAGCAGCUCUGCUUCCAAGAAGCAGUAUGUGUAGAGAGCCUGGGGCUUAUGCCCCUCAACAGAGGGAUCCUGACAAGUCUGGCAGCCUUGAAUGCCUCCUCCUCAGAUGCUCUGCAGAGGUGACUGGGACAGGACAGUGGAUGCUUGCUGGCUAGAGAGCCUCAUUGCAAGUUCUGGAAUACCUGGGACCAUCCUGGUGACAGAGGGGGCAUUAUGGCUUCCUCUCCGUAAUGUGGCUUUGCCCUAGGCACAGACAGAGCCAGCUGGGGGUGCUCAUGAGUGUUGCAUGCCCUCUGACCUUUUUUUACCUGAUCCAGAGGGACCCAUAGCUAACUGAGUCCACCCUUACAGAAGAGUCUGCCCAGGCUGCCCUCACACCUUCUCCUCCUGGGAAAAGGCUGAUACAGGCUGCUGGGUCAGCCUUGGUCACAUGGACAGACAGAGCCUGAGCUGGAUCUGGCCCUGUCCAGGGGACUGACUGGUGCCUUGUUUCCAUCACUCCUUCCUAGGUCCACUGUUUAUGCUUCUAAAAUAAACAGGACUUGAU